AUGACAAGUGUUUUCACGGUUUCAGCACUUACUGGUGUUAUCUAAUGUAUAGACCCGUCAGUCCGACGUACAGCACUAAAACACGACAAACUGCGCCGCAGCAUGGCUCAGAUUUAUAAUCUGCAGUUUUCUUUCCUAUUAGUUCUUCUGUGUCAUACUGUAGAUCAGGUGAAUGGAGUUUGGCCACUGCCUCAACAGAUAGAUGUGUCCGCAGACAGAUACAGUUUGAGUCCACAGUUAUUCUCUUUUACUUAUGGAAAGUUCUCGGCUGCUCAGAGUGGAUGCUCUGUCCUGGAUGCUGCUUUCAAAAGAUACUUCUCCAUCAUAUUUCCUGACUUCACGGAUGGAUCAGCAUCAGGGCUUCCUCACCAAAUCUGGUCAGAACCAAAACCCUUUGGUGUUUCAGUAAGUGUCAAAACCAAAGGAUGUGACGGCUACCCGGAUGAAGAUUCAAAUGAGAGCUAUAACCUGAGUGUGUCUGAAGGCCAAGCUGUGCUGACAUCAGUGUCAGUAUGGGGCGCCUUGAGAGGUCUGGAGUCCCUCAGUCAACUAGUGUACCAGGAUGAUUAUGGCGCUUACUUUAUCAAUAAGACAGAAAUUGUGGACUUCCCUCGUUUUGCAUUCAGAGGGCUUUUACUGGACACUUCAAGGCAUUAUUUACCUCUGCAUGCCAUUUUGAAGAACCUGGAUGCCAUGGCCUACAGUAAGUUCAAUGUCUUUCACUGGCACAUCGUGGAUGACCCCUCUUUUCCAUAUCAAAGUCGCACAUUUCCUGACCUCAGCAAUAAGGGAGCCUUUCACCCAUUUACUCAUAUAUACACCCAGUCAGAUGUGAUGAGAGUGAUUGAACACGCUAGAAUGAGGGGCAUUAGAGUCGUACCUGAGUUUGACUCACCUGGACACACUCAGUCAUGGGGAAGAGGACAGCCAGACCUGUUGACACCUUGUUACAAGGGAAGUGUCCCCUCUGGGUUGUUUGGACCUGUCAAUCCAACCCUAGACACCACUUAUAAGUUCAUGGAGCGCCUCUUCAAAGAGGUGAAAUCUGUAUUUCCUGACUCUUACGUUCACAUAGGAGGGGAUGAAGUCCGUUUUAGCUGCUGGCAAUCGAAUCCUGAUGUGAAAAAGUUUAUGGAAAAGAUGGGCUUUGGGAAGGAUUUUACCAAACUGGAAUCAUUCUAUAUGGAGAGUAUAAUGAACAUGACCACUGCUCUCAACAAAACCUCAAUUGUGUGGCAGGAUGUGUUUGACUACCAUGAGAGAAUUCCUCAGGACACAGUUCUGGAGAUCUGGAAGGGCACUACUAAACAAUACUAUGCUGAACUGAGCAGGAUGACCAAGGCUGGGCACAGGGUUCUACUCUCUGCCCCCUGGUACAUCAAUCACAUCAGCUAUGGACAGGACUGGCGUAAUUCCUACGCAGUGAGGCCCCAACAUUUUUCUGGCACAGAGGAGCAAAAGAAAUUGGUGAUUGGUGGAGAGGUUGCCAUGUGGGGCGAAUAUGUCGAUGCCACCAAUCUGAACACUCGUUUGUGGCCGAGAGCUUGUGCUGCAGCUGAAAGGUUGUGGAGUGAUGAAGAGAAAACCUUGAAUGCAGAUCUGGCCUUCCCUCGACUGGAAGAGUUCCGCUGCAAACUUCUGAGGCGGGGUAUUCAAGCAGAGCCUCUGUUUGUUGGCCAUUGUAAACAUGAGUAUAAUGGUUUUUAGAGGUGCAUCGGAACUGAAGAGGGUUGUUUUUGUGAACUGGAAGCACUGCGUUUAAAUUUGCACAAUAAAGUUGUUUUUUUACUCUACAAAAUAGUUGUUCUGUUACUCAUGUGAACUGACUUUCCAAGUAAUGUGAAUUGUAUUAUUCAUAAAGAUCUAUGCAAGAAUGAUGGUAUUACUGAAGGAAUUACUACCUUCUGAAUACAGUGGACCCAAAAUGUAUUUGGACACUGAAGCCACAGUUACUGUAAACAUGUUUGAAUGUCAUUGCAUUAAGUCACAAAAACUUUAAAUUCAUCGUAUGAGAAUAAGGGUUUACCUGAUGUGUGGUGAACAGUGCCAGCUCCAGGUAAAUGGCUGAUGUAAAGUACCUACACAUUUAAUGAAAUCGCCCGCCACUACAACACCAGUCCCGUCUCACCAGCUAUGCCGCAGCAGAUCCUAUUAACUCUGAUGGGGUUUACACAUGAGCUAAAGUAGGACACAGUAAGGUGUGAAUGGCCUGAACGGUUAGCUACUACUGAUAUAGACACGAUUAAGCAACCACCUUUUGAAUUUCUUGUGGUAUUAUCUUUUCUGGUCACACUUUAAAAUAGUGUCAUUUGGUAAAUGAAUUGGGUGUAAUGAACUAACAAUGAAAAAUAGAUUUUUACUAAAUGUAUUAAUCUCGGCUAAUUAAAAAAAAUAAAUAGAACUGUUCAUUGUUAGUUUUUGUUGGUCACUGCAUUAAAUAUAAUAAACAAACAAUGAAAGAUAUAAUUUUUAAAGCAUUUAAUCUUUAAUCUUUGUUAAUGUUAGUUAAUGGUUACUAAUGUUAACAACUUUUGAUUUAAAACAUUUGUUAAAAUUGCUGUAAAAGUGUGGUUCAUGUUAACUAAUGUUGUUAUCAAACGGAACCUUGUUGUAAAGUGUUUCCAAAAAUUGCACUAUAGUAAAUGCUAAAAUGAACAUGUACCAAGAUUAAUAAAGCUGAAAAUGUAUUGUUGGUUGUUAUUGUUAACUAAUGUUUACAAAUACAACUUUAUUGUGUCAGUACAGGAACAAAUAACUUCAAACACAAUUAUGCAUAUAUAUAUAUAUACACAUACACCGAUCAGCCACAACAUUAAAACCACAUGUCUAAUAUUGUGUAGGCCCACCUCUUGCUGCCAAAACAGCGUCAACCCAUAUUCUUCUCACUACAAUUGUAUAGAGCGGUUAUCUGAGUUACCUUAAACUUUUUGAACCAAUCUGGCCAUUCUCUGUUGACCUCUCUCAUCAACAAAGCGUUUCCGUCCACUGAACUGCCGGUCACUGGAUGUUUUUGUUUUUGGCACCAUUCUGAGUAAAUUCUAGAGACUGUUGUGUGUGAAAAUCCCAGGAGAUCAACAGUUACAGAAACACUCAAACCAGCCCGUCUGACACCAACUAUCAUCCAUGCGAUUAUCUAAUCAGACAAUCGUGUGGCAGCAGUGCAUAAAAUCAUGCAGAUACAGGUCAGGAGCUUCAGUCAAUGUUCACAUCAACCAUCAGAAUUGUGAAAAAUGUGAUCUCAGUGAUUUGGACCAUGGCAUGAUUGUUGAGAACAUUAUUUUUUGUAGUUGGUAAUUUUUUAAUGAGAAGGUAUUUUAAAUCAACUGUAAUUCUCACCUAUUAAAAAAAUAGAAAAAAUGUAAGUAAUACUUUACAAUUAGGUAGUAUUUGUUA